AUGGAUCAAAAACAUGUCUUCAGGCUCUACUACCAAGGACAAGCAAAGUGUGUCAGAGAAAAAUAUGCGGUGUUCUGAUCGCAACUUGAACUUCUGGCAGUGUAAAUAGCAUAUAGCUUGUACGUUUCCAUCAAAUAUGUACCAUGCACUUACGAAACUAAAAAGGUGACGUAAUUCCCCGGAUUUCAUUGCAUAAUGAUUCCAUCUCUCUUGGCACAGUUUGACGUAAGCAAAUCCUUGCAGUGAGUGGGGCACGUUUUAUGACGUGAAACGUAACGUCACAGUCGUUGCUGUCAGUUGUCAUAACAGAAAACGUCAUGCUACGUUUCACAGUUUAUUAUGACAACGGGUUUGUCUUGUUGACAGAUAGAGUGUUUUCUUUAUUUCGUUUGAAACUUUAUAAUUGAUGAUGGCGAGUGUAUCAAUGGUAUAACUAUUUACAAUGGCAAUUCUGGCAAUCAAUUUCUCUGCAGAUGGCAGAUCCAAACUUGGCUUAGCGCUAGCGAUUCUUUGUUGGAUUUCAAUUGUACCAUGCCUCAUGCUUGUGGGACUUGGAGCAUAUAUCAAGCUAAAGCUAGCUGACAAAAUGCAUUUGGUGGACGGGUACCACGGAGACAGUUUGCCUUAUAUGUUGAUAUCUAUUGGACUGCUGUCUGCCAUUGUCAGUGGCAUUGGCGGGUUGAUAUGUAACAUCAGCUCAAAAGCUGACACAAGAGCACUAUUUAAAUCAUUCUUGACCCCAUACGUGGUCAUCCUAGCAGUACUUUGCGUUUGCGUUCUUGCUGCUGGCAUCAUGUGUUUCACAGAAAUAUCGGCACUGCACAAAUCUUUUCACAGGGGAAUACUUUUGGCAAUGUUUAAAUACAGGAGCAAUCCUGGAGUAAAGUCAAAAGUGGACUUACUGCAAAUGGAAUAUCGCUGCUGUGGUAACACCAAUUACGCCGACUGGUUUCAAAUUCCUUGGAUUAAUGAAAAUUUUCUGAAAAUUGAAGACAAAGAUGACUUCUAUACGAACGAUGAUGUGCCCUUUAGCUGCUGUGACCACGCCUCUCGUCGCCCGUGUAUCCAUCAUGAUGUACAUGACAACAGCAAACAUUACAACUACGAUUACAGAGUAAAAACAACUUUGAACCAACACGGCUGUAAGAGAGCGCUCAUGCGCUUCUUCGGAGAUCAAGUUCUCACCAAUGGGGGUGGUAUUACCCUUGGAGUGUUCGGUUUACAGUUGGUCAUCUUAGUCCUUUCACGUUACCUGCAGUCUUCGGUUCAUAACGCCACGGAGCAAGGAGACCCAACUGCGCCUGCGCUCGGGUGGUUGAUAGGAGACUUUGGAGCCGAAAAACCCAAAGAUGAAAAGGACGAUGGCGCGAUGUUAAUGGAAGAGGAAGAAAAACUAGAUAUCGAUGAAGAGGAAGUAACAGAGCACGUAGAAAUUAUAGAGGAUGUCGAGGAAUUUGAAGAGCCAAUUUACGAAAAUAUUCCACACGACGAAGUCAUCGUACUGAGUGACGAAGAUUAUAAAGCCUAGGCAUACA